AAAAGUUGAGAGAGAAGGAAAAAAAACGAAAUCGCGGAAGAGAUUGUCUCUAGCGCUUCUAGUUUGACAAGUUUUUCCCCUAGUUGCUUAAGAAGAUUCUGGAAGGCGUAAAAACACGGUUAAGUCAGUCUCUCGAGUGCCGGUGUGUUUUGAUGAGCAAACAUGGAAGGAGCUAUCAAGACAGUGGUAACAGUCUUCUUGAAGUCAGCAAAAGGCAAGGAGAACCUUGGAGGGAAGGACUUCCAAAGCCUAGUGAAGAACCAGCUGAAGAACAUACUGACGGAUACAGAGAGCUCUGAGGCCAUCAAAAAUAUGCGUCAAGGCCUUGAUGCCAACCAAGAUGGAAAAGUCAGCUUCCAGGAGUACAUGACGCUGAUCGGAUACUUGGCACAGUCAGUCAGUCAGCAGCGUUGCACCAAGGAGACCCAAGUGGCGAGUUCAGGCCCAGAAACGCAGGCAGAGGCCUCUGAAGCAUCGAAGGCUGAGCCUGAGGCUGAGAAAGAAGUAAAGCCGGUGAAAGAGGAAGAGCCAGCCAAAGAGCAGGAUGAGGCAGUGGAAGUGGAAUUGGUAGAGGAAGAAGAAAAUGUAGAAGAGGUGAUAGAAGUAGUGGAUCGCACGUAGGCUCUUGAGACAGCUGAUAAAAACAUCUCAAGACCUUACAUAUCCUGGUUUUUAUUUCAGUAUAUUUUUUACUAUUUCCCAGCUAACCAAAUUUGACCAACACUACAAAUUGUACCACUAGAUAAAUCAUAAACCACUCAAUAUUAUUUGGAAGUCCUUUUGUCUAUUGUCUAAAUCAGUGGUUUUUCCAAAUCAGUCCUCAGACUCCAGCCCUCCAGAUAAUUUACAUCUUGCUUUACACCAACUCACACAAUAUAGUGAUAGAGCAAAAAUGUGGAAUGGGGGGUCAUACAUGAGGGCAGUUUAGACAAUCCCUGGUCUGAAUAGACACAACUAACAAAAUGUAUAUGUAUUGUAUUUUAUCCAUUUAAAGAUUUGUAUUUGUAUUUGUAUUUACAUUAACACUACAUUACAGCAUGGAUCUAUAAAUAUGAUACGCAGUACCUCUACCAAGAUGUUUACAAAUGAUGCUUUCAUUGGCAUGUUCAAUUAAACGACCCUGGUGUUCUUCUAAGAUAACGGUACGCCCACGUGUAACCCACUCACACCGGUUAUCACCCCUGUUUAUUUUUCUAGAUAUGUUCAAAUAGUUUAGGCUGUGUACACUUUGAGUUGUUUAGCAUAUAUGCUAACACAAUUUCACUGUUUCUUAACAAGUGCAUACUAAUAUUGAGCAAUAUUUGUCAUACCACUGCCAAAUUUGAAUGGUCACUCAUUUGCAUGACAAUAAACAAACUUACUUUCUUCGAGCAUUUAUCUUGUCGCUUGUGUGUUCUGAUAUUCUGCUUCUUUCUGGUCUGUCUAAUCUCAUUCUGCUCUCCACAGCUUAAACUAUAUUCCUCUUCAUGCGGCACAUGCUCGUUAUACAACAUGCAUUUUGUGUUCCUUGCUCAUUCAGCUAGCUUUGCUUGCUAUAAAACUGGUACAUGAGGUGCUUGGUGUCCUAACAAUGUCCAAGACUUAACAAUUAAGAACCUGUGGAUUUGAAUACACACCAUGUGACCCUAAGGGAGCACACAAUUACCCUAAAGUACUGGACCACUGCCGCAGGGAGGUCCUUAUGAUUCGAUAUAACAUUCAAAUGACAGUAAAGUAAUUUAGAGCUCUCUAUGGGUGUGUUUUAUGUGUCAUAUACACACUGCUAACAAUGUCGGCCGCAACAGUGCAAAGUGUUGACUCUUCUAAUAACUCUUGUUUGUGUUGUAAUUUGUAAAUGUACUGUCUCAAAUAAGUUAUUUUACAUUUUGUGACUGUUAUUUGUUAAAAUGAGCUCUAAACUGUGUUGCCAAUCAGUAAUAUUUGGGAUACUUUCCCAGGGUAAAAAUAAAUUGGAAUAAAGGCGCAAUUAGAAUUAGGUCGCAUUUGUUAGAAGCUUUCAGUCAACAGUGUGCAGCUGGGAAUUAAUGAGAUUGGUACAGAAUACUAAACCACCUGCUAUUUUAGUUCACUUUCUGCCAUACAUUUUUAUGCCAUGGCUGUGCUCCAUGCAUUCACAUGAAGUAUUGCAAUCUGUCUUUUUUCACUAACCACUGUUCUGGCCAUUCUCGAUUGGGGCUUUAAUUUAGUAUACUAAUGAUAAAGAAGCAUCUAAAUGACCACUAAAAUGUUCAAUUUAUCAUGUGUAUGUAUGUAUGUAUCUCUAAAAAUUAUGAGAUUAUUGGUCAAUUAUUAUUACAAUUAUCCAUGUUUUACUUAACCAUGUAUACUAUAUAUAUUAUUCACCUCUAUCCUCAGUUACCUGACAAUGUCUCAUAGGCUUGAAACUGGAAAUAUUGCUUUAUUUAGAUUUAUAUAUUGUUUCAUUUAGGCUUUUCGUGUACUUUGGAGCAGUUUUUGUAAUGUCUGAAAAAGUGAUAUAUGUAAUAACUACCUUUUUCAGUAGCAGUGUAAAGGAAAAGAAUAGCUGUCUGUUAAAAGAGUCAUUCAAUGUAAUUCAGUGUGUUUUACAAAGACAGAAACAAUCACUUAGUUGGAAGUUUAC